CCUUCCCGGGACUCGAGAUCCAGGACUUCUUGCAUGUGGUAGGUCUGCUGCUCCCAUCCCGAUUCCGCAGGUGACCAGCGCCAUGUCCAGCCAGGUGGUGGGCAUUGAGCCUCUCUACAUCAAGGCAGAACCAGCCAGCCCAGACAGCCCAAAGGGUUCCUCGGAGACCGAGCCCGAGCCCCCUGUAGCCCUGGCCCCUGGCCCAGCUCCCGCUCGCCACCUUCCAGGCCACAAGGAAGAGGAGGAUGGGGAGGGGGCUGGGCCUGGUGAGCAGGGUGGUGGGAAGCUGGUGCUCAGCUCCCUGCCUAAACGCCUGUGCCUGGUCUGUGGAGAUGUGGCCUCGGGCUACCACUAUGGUGUGGCGUCCUGUGAGGCCUGCAAAGCCUUCUUCAAGAGGACCAUCCAGGGGAGCAUCGAGUACAGCUGUCCGGCUUCCAAUGAGUGUGAGAUCACCAAGCGGAGACGCAAGGCCUGCCAGGCCUGUCGCUUCACCAAGUGCCUGCGGGUGGGCAUGCUCAAAGAAGGGGUACGUCUGGACCGUGUCCGGGGUGGGCGACAGAAGUACAAGCGGCGACCAGAGGUGGAUCCACUGCCCUUCCCAGGCCCCUUCCCUGCCGGACCCCUGGCAGUAGCUGGAGGCCCUCGGAAGACAGCCCCAGUGAAUGCACUGGUGUCCCACCUGCUGGUGGUAGAGCCUGAGAAGCUGUAUGCCAUGCCCGACCCAGCGGGCCCUGACGGACACCUCCCCGCAGUGGCCACCCUCUGUGACCUCUUUGACCGAGAGAUUGUGGUCACCAUCAGCUGGGCCAAGAGCAUCCCAGGCUUCUCGUCACUGUCCCUGUCGGACCAGAUGUCAGUACUGCAGAGCGUAUGGAUGGAGGUACUGGUGCUGGGUGUGGCCCAGCGUUCGCUGCCGCUGCAGGACGAGCUGGCCUUCGCUGAGGACCUGGUCCUGGAUGAAGAGGGGGCACGAGCAGCUGGCCUGGGCGAACUCGGGGCUGCCCUGCUGCAGCUAGUGCCUCUGAAGGCCCUGGCCCUUGCCAACUCAGACUCUGUGCACAUUGAAGAUGCGGAGGCUGUGGAGCAGCUGCGAGAAGCCCUCCACGAGGCCCUGCUGGAGUACGAAGCAGGCCGGGCGGGCCCCGGAGGGGGUGCUGAGAGGCGGCGGGCAGGCAGGCUGCUGCUUACACUACCACUCCUCCGCCAGACAGCGGGCAAAGUGCUGGCCCAUUUCUAUGGGGUGAAGCUGGAGGGCAAGGUGCCCAUGCACAAGUUGUUCUUGGAGAUGCUCGAGGCCAUGAUGGACUGAGGCAAGGGGUGGGCAUGGGUGGGGGUGCUGGCAGGACCCGCCCAGCAUGGGGUCAGCCCCAAGGGGGCAGAGCUGGGGUCGACAGUGCCACAGCCUGCUGGCAGGGCCAAGGCAAUACCAUCAGUCCCUGGGAGCAGGCCCACGCCCUCCCCUCCCCCUUCUUCGGGGGUGUUAGAAGCUGGGAACACGUGUGCCCAGGCUCUGGGCACAGUGCUGCCCCUUGCAAGCCAUAAGGUGCCCCCAGCGUGCAGGGGGUGCUGUGGAAGCCAUAGGGGGCUGCAGGGGAUGUUGGGGGAGGGGGGCAGAAGCCUGAUCUCAGGGAGGGAAGGGAGUGGAGGCCACAGUCUCCCAAUGGGUGAUGCUUUUGCUGCUGCUUAAUCCGACCCCCUCUCCAGAGCAGAGGGAAAUGUGGAGAGCAAAGGCCCCUGCCCCCUUGGCUCCUCUCAUCAUUUGCAUUGGGCAUUCUGCCCCCCCCCCAAGCAAUAACUCCAAGCAGGCUCCAGCCCCUGGACCCCUGGGGUGGCCAGGGUCCCCCAUCAGCUCCCACCCAGGCUCCUCAGGAGGUAGGGAGAGCACUGCCUCUAUGCCCUGCAGAGCAAUAACACUAUAUUUAUUUUUGGGUUUGGCCAGGGAGGCGCAGGGACAUGGGGCAAGCCAGGGCCCAGAGCCCUUGGCUGUACAGAGACUCUAUUUUAAUGUAUAUUUGUUGCAAAGAGAAACCGCUUUUGGUUUUGAACCUUUAAUGAGAAAAAAAUAUAUAUCGAGCUCAAGAA